GAACACGACUCGACACGAGUUUGGUCUCUGCCCGCCGCUCUCAGUCUCUCUGGCUGAAAAGGAUGAAGACGAAUUAGGUGGAUCAAGACGGGACCUGUUCUUCCGCUCUUCCCUCUCCCUCUCCCGCCUCCGUCCUUCUGUGAAUCCUGUCCCCAGCUCGAUUUUGGGUUAUUUUCUCUCUCGGUCGUCGUGUCCGAGGAGGAACUAUAGGGUUUAUUUCUGGAAUCUCUGGCUAGAGUUAGCCAUGGCGAUGCAGACGGGCAUAGGGCUCACGAAGGUUCUCAUCCUGGUUGGAGCUGGGUAUUCUGGAGCGAUCGUUCUGAAGAACGGCAGGUUGCUAGACAUAGUGGGAGAUUUGCAGACAUUGUUAAAGGGGAUUGAUAAAUCUGGAGAAUCUUCUAAUGCAGAAUCUGACUAUUCAGAAGCCCUUGCUUCACAGGUUCGGCGUCUUGCAAUGGAGGUCCGCCACCUAGCCUCUGCACGGCAGAUCACUGUUGUUAAUGGAGAUUCUGGUCAAAUGGGGAAUGUGGCAUCUCUUCUGGUUCCAGCUGCGGCCUUGGGGGCUCUGGGAUAUGGCUACAUGAAGUGGAAGGGAUUGUCAUUUUCUGAUCUUAUGUAUGUAACCAAGCGCAACAUGGCAAAUGCUGUUACAAGUAUGACAAAACAUCUAGAGCAAGUUUCUGCAGCACUUGCGGCUACAAAAAGGCAUUUGACUCAAAGGAUUGAGAACUUGGAUGGUAAAUUGGACGAGCAAAAGGAUCUGACCAAAUUAUUGAAGAAUGAGGUUACUGAAGUGCGUCAAGAUAUUUCUCAAAUAGGCAUUGACUUGGAGGUUCUACAGAAAAUGGUUUGUGGAUUGGAUGGGAAGAUCGGCGCAUUGGAAGACAAGCAGGAUUUUGCUAAUGCUGGAGUGUGGUACUUGUGCCAAUUUGUUGGAGGCACAAAAGAUGGGAAAAUGCCAGAAUUCCUACAGGGGCAGACAAAACCUCCUAAACGCCUAUUGGGGUUUUCAGACAUCCCCAGUGCCAAGGGCCUUCAGUAUAUAGCUGACACCAUAAAGUCAGGGACCACAGAGAAGUCAAAGACAAACGCAAUCUUCCAAACCGGUACUGAAGGAUUAGAGAACACAAAAAGCUUGACAAGGAUUGCUUCUGUCGGAUGUUGAUUUCUACAGUUAUUACGACAAGGGGGCUGCCGGCAGAGAAUAAACUUUAUUAGCAGGAAAACCCUUCAUUCUCCCGCUACACACAAUAACUGAAGGAAACUUAUUCGUCCUCCGUUCUUGUGAUUUUGCAAGCUCUCGAGGUUUUACAUUUGUCAGGAUCAUCCUGAGGCUGCCUUUAUAUUUGAAAGGAGAAAACCAAUACUUGUCCCCAGUGUGUGCAUUCAAACACAAUGUGAGGAAUUUAGAACGAGAAAAGAUUUUUUUUUUUUUCUUGGUGGCGAUAUGUAUGCAUCGUUAUAUUAAAUGAUCAUUUAAGCCGAAAAUAAUGAUCGUAUUAAGCAA